UUCACACUUGUUUUAGCAGACCCUGAGCAGGCGGGCAAUCAGUUAGGUUAGGCUCGAUAAGGAGUUUGACACGUAAACAGUGGAUCGGGUCUGGAGUAAAAAACUACGGCAAAAACUGGGAUCACCGAAAUGGCCCGUUACUUCCGAGAAGAAGAUAUAGACGAGUUCAGGGAAUGCUUCUACCUUUUCGCACGAAGUGGGCAAAUCAAAACACUCGAUGAAUUGACCAUUAUAAUGCGAUCGUUGGGUCUGAGUCCGACAAUUGCUGAGCUGAACAAAUAUCUCAAAGACAAAGGUGGUAAAAUGUCCUUUGCUGAUUUCCUUGAGGUGAUGCAUCACCAAACGAGACAGGAAAAUCUUCCCAAAGAAGUUAUCGAGGCAUUCAAAGCUGCCGAUACUUCUAGGAACGGUUCAAUUCCUGCCAGACAGUUAGCUCACAUGCUACUUCACUGGGGUGAAAAACUCAGUGCCAAAGAAGUUGAGCAAAUAUUUAGGGAAGCCAACGUAUCACCAAACGGACAAGUCAGGUAUGAGGAUUUUGUCAAGAUCGCUUGUGCCCCUGUACCUGAUUACUACUGAAACUGAAAUAUUGCGAGGAAAAUAUUUUUUUUCACAUUUUAUUGCACGAUACAUUGUUGAAUGAUGAUCACAGUGAUAGUUUUCAAAUUUUUAUCGUAAACAGUAUUAUAGUAAAUGUGGAUAAUUCGUACGAUUAUAGAUGUUUAAUAUUUACAUAUAGCAUGGUGAUUAGGGUGCCUUAUAUUACUUAUACCAUACAUUCCAGUGUUGAUAUAUGUCAACUGCAAAUAAAUAACGAAUAUAUAUUUAUUAUACCGAAA